AUGGUAUCACCAUCAAUAAUAACGAUAAAACCAAAAACGGUUAUUAGGAUAGAAAGAGAUUACUCAAAAGGAGAAUUAUGUCAAUUCAAAAAUGAUUUUCCAAAAGAGAUUAACGAGAGAGUGAGUCCGAUGAGAUUUAAAGAAACAAUUGAUAAAUUAAAUGAAUUAUUGAAAGAAGCAGAUAAUCCAAAAUACAGUUGGUUUGAAAAUUGCCUUGCAUGCAUAACAUUAUAUUCUUCAAUACUAUGUAUAAGAUCACAUUAUGACAAGAUGGUUGAAGAAAUUUGUUUCUUUCUAAAUGAUGAAAAUUUAAAUUGUUAUAAUAAAUUAGGCGUUAAUUUUAGAGAUCCACGUAAAACUUCUUAUUUGCAAUCCAGCACACUUGUAAUUAUCAAAGUGUCUAUAGGUGUAUCACCCUCCAACUAUUAUCCUGCUUUUAUCAUAACAAAGCCUUACGUUUCUGAUACUUUUCCAACGCAAUGCUAUUUCAAACUUAGUUCACAAUUCUCAAAACAUUUAUCAGCAACUAAAUAUGGUUUUUUGCUUCUUAUUCACUAG